UGGCCUCUGGGCGCAGCUGGGGGAUUCUGGAGUCCAGGCAGAGCUCAUCCAGAGUGAGUCCCUCUGCGAGGCUUUAGGGAAAGCUGGGCUACAGCUGCGCCACUAGCAAGGGGUUGGGACUCACGACUGCCAGGAGCCAGCGGUCCACCUUGCGGACUUCAGAGCAGAAGGAGCCUCAGAGCUUUCUACCUGGAUACCUACAACAAUCGUGCCGCUUUGAAUAAUGAACAGACAUAAAGAAAUAGAGUGUUCAUAGAGUCCCUGAUUCAAGGCAGAGCAACAUGACCUCUCCCUCCUCUGCUGUGAAGAUUGUUCCUUCCCCCUGAAUGAGAAAGGUUUAAAUCAUGGAAAAGCAUGGCAAGCAAACUGAAGCUCCUCAACCAGGAACAUAUUUACCAGCUGGGUAUGCUCCUCCGUAUCCACCAGCAGCUUUCCAAGGACCCCCAGAACAUGCUGCUUACCCCAUACCACAGGCUGGCUACCAAGGACAGCAGGGUCCCUAUCCAGGGCCCCAACCUGGCUACCCAGUCCCACCGGGAAGUUAUGCAGGUGGUGGCCCAAGUGGUUUUCCUGUCCAAAAUCAGCCAGCAUACAAUCAUGCAGGGGGGCCUGAAGGGACCCCAUGGAUGCCAGCACCACCUCCUCCUCCACUGAACUGUCCACCAGGGCUGGAAUACCUAACUCAGAUUGAUCAGAUUCUGGUUCAUCAGCAAAUUGAACUUCUGGAAGUCUUAACAGGCUUUGAAACAAAUAACAAAUAUGAAAUCAAGAACAGCCUCGGGCAGAGAGUUUACUUUGCGGUGGAAGAUACGGACUGCUGUACUCGAAACUGCUGUGGAGCGUCUAGACCUUUUACCUUGAGGAUCCUGGAUAAUCUGGGCCGAGAAGUCAUGACUCUGGAGAGACCCCUGAGAUGCAGUAGCUGCUGCUUCCCCUGCUGCCUCCAGGAGAUAGAAAUCCAAGCUCCUCCUGGGGUGCCAGUAGGUUAUGUGACUCAGACCUGGCACCCAUGUCUUCCAAAGUUCACUCUCCAAAAUGAGAAGAAGGAAGAUGUUCUAAAAGUUGUCGGUCCAUGUGUUGUGUGUAGCUGCUGUUCAGACAUUGACUUUGAGCUCAAAUCUCUAGAUGAAGAAUCGGUGGUUGGCAAGAUCUCCAAGCAGUGGUCUGGUUUUGUGAGAGAGGCCUUCACAGAUGCAGACAACUUCGGGAUCCAGUUCCCACUAGACCUGGAUGUGAAGAUGAAAGCCGUGAUGCUUGGAGCUUGUUUCCUCAUAGAUUUCAUGUUUUUUGAAAGAACCGGAAAUGAGGAACAAAGAUCAGGAGUAUGGUAGUAGUUUCCUGAAAUUUCUCUUGAGGUGUAAGGACUACAUACUGAUGAACGCUCAGUGGAAACCAAGGAAGCAAAAGGAACACACCAUGGCUUCUUUUCCUUUCCUGAAAUAACUUCGUAUCUAUUAACCUGUGAUGGCCAUAGGCCCUGUUGUACAAUUGUGCUCUCAAAUUAGAGUUUAUUUUCUAUAAUUCUGUCAUGUAUUUGUUUUUAUACAUUGUUAAGGUUUUCACUGUGAAUUUGUGAAAAAAAUGUGAAUUUAUACACACAGAAAUGAUCUUAUCUAUGAAAAAUGCUUUGACUUUGUCUUUCAUUCAUUUCCCAUUUUGGGGGAAACAAGUAUUAUUGUAAUUUAAUAUAAAACUACAUACUAAAUGUAAUGUAAUUAUGCUUUACACAAAGGAGUUGAUAUUAUUUUACAAAUACUCCCCAUUUAAAACCUUUUAAAAAGUUCAUUUACCUUAGGGUUAACUGUUAUUCAAUAUAGUUAUUAAUAAGAAACAGUAAAUGUAUUUCUGUCUUUAGAAAAAUCAACAUAGUUAUGUAAACCUACUUCUAUACUGUUCAUACC